GACAUAUAAAUUGGUAGUAAAUCGCUCUAUACAACACAUAGGCGGCGGACGUUUUGAGAAAUAAAGAAGUAAUUUUCCAAGCCCUAAUUUUCUUAACAUUGUAAUAAAUCAUGGCUUUUGACGUUUGGAUAGUGUGAUAUAAGGAAUACCAUUUAUCUUUUGUGAUUUAUUUAAGCACGAAUCUGUCUACUAAUUAGCUAAGGAGGUAUCUACCAAAUCAAGUAUUUUGAUGUGAGGACAAAAGCUAGUCCUAGACUAAACCAACCAUUCGACAAUAACAGGUGACAGAAGAUGGCAACUGGCGGUUCCUGUGCCCAAUAUAAACCGGAGAACGAAUACUUCUGCCGGUAUUUCAGACUUGUGAAUGAGACCGGUGCAAAGCCAUUAAGAAAACUGCUUGAAAAUGAAGCAGCAAUCCGAAAGAUGACUGUCAGCGCCUUUCUUGCUAAUAAAAAACAUACAUUCGUAGCUCUGCUGCAACGAAAUAAAAUUAGACAGUUUCAAUUUGAUUUGAUAUUUCCAACCCAAGGAAACUUUGAUAUGAACAGUCUUGAUGUAAGUUUAUUGUGUUUUAUAAUAAGAAAUGUAUGUAAUUUAUCAAAAAUAGGACGCAAAGCAGCCGAAGACCUUCGGCAAGCUAGAAACGAACUUUGCCAUGAUUCAAAUCCGGAAAUGCUAAUAGCAACCUAUCAAAUAAAUUUCUCAAAGGUAUGUAAUAUACUAAAAGCACUGCUGAAGGAAUGUGGUGAUGCAACGUUUGAGGCAAAAACUGAACAAGAAAUGAACGCUAUUGAUAAAGAUCCAAUCAGUCCCGCUCAAACACUUGAGCUCGUAAAAACUUAUCUUGACGGUCAAAAAGCAGUGAAGUCUGUUAAAGAAAAAAUAAACGAUUUAGACAAAAAAAUCGGCGAAACAACAAAUGAUUUGACAACAGAAAUGAAAAGCCUCUAUGCAACAGUUGAAAAACAACCAAAAGAAACUACAGAUGCUGUAGAAAAGCUGCUGAAAGCGCAUAUAGAAAGGGAGGAGUCAACAGCAAGGAUCCAUCCUACGAUAGAGCCACUUCGAAAACAAACCGAAGUCAUUCUUAACGAGGUCUCUAAUUUUGUACACACAGAACAGUUUCAUGAAGCAGAGAAUAUGCUACUGUCCACUGGAAAUGUAAUAAUAAUAGGAGGAGCUGGGGAGGGAAAGACCUACACUGCUUUUGAGAUUAUGCGUAGGCAUGGAAAUGGAAAUAAUUGUUUACAGAUUAGUAGCCCGAAUGAUGUUUAUCUAAUAGAUCCUCGCAUAUUUGAAUUUGUUUUUAUAGACGACAUAUUUGGAAACAACGAGCUCGAUGAAAGUAAGCUUAAAUCAUGGAUUCCUGUACUGGAAAAACUUCAGCAGCUUGUAAAUGCGAAAGAACUUAAGCUUAUUAUUGCUACUAGGGAAAUUGUAUUUAAAGAAUGCAUUCAGUCUUUAAAUAAGUUUACAAUGUUUGCGAGAAAGACAGUUUUGAGUUCUGGGAAACUGAGUUCCGCUGAGAAAUUAGAAAUUCUGUCAAAAGCAUUAAACAUGAGAAAAAGACUUUGUUCUGAAGAAAUAAUGCAAAAGUGUGUUUCGGCAUUUAACUCAGAUCUUGGAUUUCCGUAUAUGUGCAUUUUGUUUUCGUCAGAUGAUCAGUUUUUCCUUGAUAGAGAAUUGUUUUUUAAACGCAAUCUGGUCAUGAAUUCUGGUAUUGUGUCACAACUUACACCUUGUAAGCAGAUGACCUUACUUUUUCUCUGGAUUAAAGGCAAACGUUUUCCUGUUGUUUUCAAUCGAUCAGAGGAGAAUGAUGAAAUUCUAAUGAAGUUGUCAGACAUUGUAAAAUAUAAAAAGGAUAUUGACACUAUAUAUGAUGAAAUUCAUAGAAAUUUGAAGGUCAUGGAUGGUGUGUUUGUGAAUGUUAGAUCUGACGGAUAUCAGUUUGCUCAUAAUAGCAUUUACCAGUCAACUGGUUUUUAUGUUGCCCAAAAAGGACUUUAUGACAAAGUUAUACAGUAUAGUAAUUUGACGUUUUUCAUGGAACAUAUUACGAUUUCUGAAGAUGUUUAUCGCGCUGAUUGUGUUUUCGUAAGAAAGCCUCUGUACCAAAAUUUAGUUGACAGGGUGAUAGCCGAAGUUGUUGAUAAUAACCAUGUCAGGGAAAUGGCAGUGCAUCCAUGCUUAUCUAGAGACAUACUGAAACUACUGAUUGAAACAUUAAAAAAGAGGAAACAAUUAAAAGAGUUUUUGCUGUCUCGAUGCUGUGACAGAAAUGAUCAAAGCUAUCAGUCUUUUAUUGCUUAUUAUUUAGAAACAUGUUCGAACAAAAAAGAAAAGGUGGAAACUUCGUGUUGGUUUCUAGCACAAGUACUUGGUUACCUAAAGUGUAAAAGACAUUUUACUCAGGUUCAAAAGGAAACAGACUGUAGAUCGUAUGAGGUACAACUUCAUGCAUGUCACGGCGCAUGCAGAGGAGGAAAUCUAGAUGCGUUUAAAUUGGUUCCGUCUGUUAAAUUCAAUAAAAGCUUUUUAGUCGAAGCCGCAGAAAGUGGAAACACAGAUAUGUAUAUACACGUAAAGGGCCUUUUAAAUCCAGCGACUGUGAAGCAGGGUGAAGCUCUCACUAAAGCUGUAGAAAAUGGCGAUAUAAAAAUGUAUAAUGCAAUCCGACGGGCCGGAUGUCCUGUAACGACUAAGUGCUUACAAAUAGCAGCGAUGGCAAAGAAUUCGGACUUAGUAAGGCUCAUUACACAUGAUUUGAGCACCUCUCGUCCGUUUCGUGUCGAUGCAAACGUAAGCUACACACUCAGCACAUUAUUUGAUAUGGAUGUUUUUGAAACGUUUAUUCAAAAUGGAAUAUGUCCAUCAAAGGAACACUUGUGGUUGUCAAGGAAGGGAAACUACAAGCUGGUAGAAUCAAUAUUGUGGGAUAUGAAAUAUGCCGACAAACGUCAAACGUUUGACCCUAAGUUGAAAAUAUGGUCGGAGAUAGUAAACGAUACAUUGUGGAGACAAGAGCUUGUCGCGAUGGGAAUUCUAGAAACUUCAACAUUCCUGGAAAAUAAUAUUGAAAUGGGAAAUGUAGAGCGAGUGAAAGAAAUCAUCCAGCAUUUGACACAUAAGAAUGACUGGGACCCGGUAAGUCCCUUUGCGGUCAAUCUGCUGAAUUCGACUCUCCCGUCUAAUAUUCCAACAUUUCAUUUUCUUCUUUCUUGUGACGUCAUACCUUGUGUAACCACAUUAUAUAAAGCUGUUUUGACAGGAGAACUUGAUGUCGUUAAAAUGACUGUUACCAAAUUGAAAACAGCCGGAAAGUUUGGACCGAACAACACAAGUAUAAAACGAGCAUUUUUACAGUCGGCUUUUUAUUUGAACAUUUACGAAUUUCUUAUUUCCGAGGGUUUACAGCCAAGUGCAUACCAUUUUCGUUUUGUGAUUGAAUGCCAGAGAGAAAAUGUAGAUACUUUGAACGUAGUACAACAGAUGUUCAGCUUGGUGAGGAACCUUUCGGGUUUGAACAAACAAGUGAUGCAAUCGGCUCUUUUGGUUGCUAUAGACAAGGAGGAAGUGUUUCAGUGUUUCACAGAACAUGGCGUACUACUGCCAUAUGAAACUUUACCUACCAUUUCAAUAAGUGGGACUUUUAAAGAAAUGGAAAGAGCAAUUAAGCAUUUAAAACGUCAGAAUGUUUGGCCACCAGAUGAAAACAACAUGACCAGGUCAUUAUCCAAUACAUUCUAUAAGCCUGAUAUUUUUGAACUGCUUAUGAUGGAGAAUGCGAUUGAGCGUAACGAAAUGCCUAUUUCAGUAUAUUCAAUUUUGUUUGUCUGCCGUAAGAAAGAAUUUAGCUUAAUAGACAAUUAUAUAUCCACCAUUCAGGAAAAUGACGCGUGGAACCCAGAGGAUAUAGUUUUAAAAUGUGCUCUUUUAGAGAGUAGUGAAGAUAAAAAUUCGUGUGAGAUAUUUAAAAGAAAUGGAGUAAGGACAGAUGAUAUAUUGGACGAUGCUUAUGGAUUUGGAAGUGCAGAGUUACAAUCGUACAUCAUAGCUUCUUUAAUACAAAAGGGUGAAACUAUAAUAAACUAUAAAACGCUUAACAAAUACAUUGUUAGUUCUCUAUCGCGUUAUCAAGAACUUUGUUCUGAACAGUUAUUAGAUAGAGCAGUUGAUGUCUGUGAGACAGUUGUUGUUUCUGAAAUCACAAAGCACCUUGCACAUUCUAAUCCGAGUUUUCCACAGUUCGAAGCCGCGUCCGCUAUCUUAUCAAAAAGUUCUGGAAGACAUGACCUGUAUAGUAUGUUUUUAGAAGCAGGCUUUUGUCCAACAUUGGACUGUUUGUCAAAUGUUGUAAAAUAUGGUUCCUUGGAAAAUUUUCAGGAUACAAUAAAAAUAUUGAAUGAUAUGGAUAGGCUUCCAACUUCAAUCAAUACCGCUAGGAAGAUACUGCAAGAAUCUCUCCGGAGGAAUGAUGUGCGAUUUUAUACAAUAUUGUCGGCAUAUGGCCUUAAGCCUCAAUAUGAGGAUAUUUGUUUUGCAAUUGAAAAUGGAUAUUUGACAAUCUGCAAAUAUUUGAUAGGCGAUUUGGAAAAUGUUUCUGAAACGGGAAGUGAAAAUGUUGUACUCAGAGUUCUAGAAACAGACGUGAAGCUGUACAAACGACUAUGUGAAAGAAAUAUACAGUUGACAUCUGCGCACCUUCGUCUGAUACUAGAUUCAUAUCUUUAUAACGAGCUACCAUUUGAUCGUUUGGAAACAGUCAUUAACGAUUUUUUCUCUAAUAAUUCUUGGUCUUUCGAAGAUCCGAAUUUGAAAAUACUUUAUGAUCGAUCCAAAAUUGAUGAUGCUCUUUGGAAAGUUUUGUUCGAACAUACUGAAUUUGCUAUGAAGAAUAGAAUUAUAACAGCGUUGUUUUUAACAAAUUGCAAGGACUUGAAGGAUUUCUUUAAUAAUUCUCAAUUUGAAAUAAACAGAUUAUUGCCAGAUAUCCUGAGGCAGCUAUGUAUACUCAGAAAACGCAUACAUCCGGACUGCAGGAAAUUAAUAUUUGAAAGGGUACUGGCAGACGAUUGCAGUUCAAGUUUGAAAAUAUUAGCGAGUGUGAUGAAUUCUGUUGACGGUAACACUUUUGAAAUAGUUUAUAGUUUAUCUGAUAGUGACAAACAAGAAUUAGACAAAAAUAUCAUCCAGACUGCUCUUGAAGAAGCCAUGUUCUUAAAAAAGCCUGCAAUUUAUCUCUGCCUUCUGUCAGAAUGCCACAUAGAACCAACAACCUAUUGCCUUUUAUACAGCCUCUAUCAAAAAAAUGAUCUCUGCUUUAACAGAACAUUGAAAAUGCUUCCACAGUCACGAAAAACAUGCAAGGACCCUUAUUAUAAAGCAACACUCGCGUUGUGUUGUCAAAGGGUUGAUCUGACUACAUUUCGGUCACUUCUGAAAUUUGAUAAAUUUUGCGAUACUGAAAUGUUGUUUGAGGCUUUGAUGUAUUGCAAUAGAAUAGCAGCUGACCAAGUUAAAGAAAUACUAAUGACCAAUAGCCAAUGGGAUGUUACUUUCAAAGACUACUGGAUUUCAUCGGCGUUAUUCGAGAAGCAGGACGAUCCAACUAUAAUGAGUUUUCUGGAGUCAGAUUACGAAGUGCCCGAUGAUUGUCUUUUAGAUACCGAGACUGAAUACCUACAACCAAUCUCUGCAAACGUAUCAAGCGUACCUGAGGGAAGAAACAGAUACAGUGGAAUUGGAGAUUCUGAGCCUGUUUAUGAAGAAAUAUUGGACACAUUCUUUGACAACAGUGACGUCGGUUUAUACGAUUUAAACUAGUCAGAAGAUAAAGAUUGCAUAGAAAAAGUGUCAUUUUGCCUUGCAUUUCAGGCCCGGCUCCAAGGGGAGAGGUGUUAGGGGGGUUGGUUGGUAGGCUGUACACCUGCCAUCGGAUGAGAAGUUACCUUUACUCAUCAAAGUUUAGACCAAACACUGCACCAGAGGCAACCAACCAUUUCAAACAUAUGAUUCAAACAUUUCCUGCCCCCCAUUCCUGUACCUCCCAUACCUACCCCCGAGGUUAAACAGCAUUAGAGGUUCUACCAAAAUGAUGUCUAUAGUGAGGUCGUUAUAUGCAUCGGUAUCUCCCUGCGUUCAGAUUAAUAUUUAGGUGCCACCAUUUCAUACCUCUUCCGUUCCAUAUCCCCAGUCUACGCUACUCGCUUAGCUGGUGAGGCCUUCACCCUCAAUUCAUGCACCCCAUGUCAAGGUUUUCUGUAACAUUGGUAGAGCUCUACAAGUAUCUGCAUAAUUUCUGCAUACUACAUCAAUUGUUUACUGUGUGACUAACGGUUAGAGAGCAUUUGCCUACACAUUACAAGUGUUUGUAGGAUUAAAUAUUUUUUCAUACUUAAGACAAUAUAUGACACAUACAGUAUAUAGUUUCUAGAGUAAAAUAUAAUUAUCUGAACGUUAUACACUGAAAAAAGCUCCCAAAAGUGUUCUAGAUGAUCUUUAAUAACUGUCAUCUUUUAAAAAUGUUUUUGUCUUUGAUUUUGCAAUAUAUUUUUUAACAGACAUGGUUCUACUAUAUAUUCCAUAUCGACAUUAUGUACAUUUUCAUAUUACUCUUGUUAUUAUUAUCUUAGAAGUUUAGAUUUGUGUAUGUUUACAUGUAGCGAGCCUCUUAUGAUAUAUUUCUGUUGAUAUCAAACUAUAAUAUUGAUGAUAUCAUGACAAUUGAAAAAAGUAAGUUUAGUUUUAGGAUUUUUAUUUUUGUUGAAUAAUGAAAAUUUUGCAAAGGCGCAUGUCACGUUUGUUAUACAAAGAAAAAUGACAAUUGCAAGAAUAGCACUUUACAUGGGCGGAUUCAGGACAUAGGUUUAGGGGAUGGGGUUGAGUUACUGGGAUAUUCAAGGGAGUCCGAGAGCAUACCUCCUAGGGAAUUAUUUCGCAAGUAUACCUCACAUGGUGCAAUAUGACAUAGUCUGAUAUGCAUAUUAGACGCAAUGACAUGUUUUUCAUUUAAAACAACAUUUUGACCAAGUUGAUAGCUUUUCAACUGACUACACCGUUCAAACUAUUUCAGCAAUUAUAAUUGGUACUACUAUAAAGUUUUGCGGGUGAAGCGCCUUGAAAAUAAAUUUUGACUAAAAUGACUGUCUCAGUUUAAGGCUGGAUUUCUUUUUGUUGUGGGUUGGGAUUGGGAUGGGGAUGGGUCGUCGUUAGAAUCCGCUCUUUCUGUGUUACAAUUAAUCAGAAAGUGGACAUACUUUAAGAUUCAUGAAGGUUCAUUAUUCCCUUAUAUAUGUCAUAUUAGUAAAGUUAUAACAGAUUCUUAUUAGUAUGUUCGUUUGAUAAUGAAUGCUUGUAAUUUUAUCAAAGAACUACGAAAUAUUUGUAUUUUUACUGGUAAGGUUUCUUUACUUACGCAAAUAUUUUAUAGUAUGUAUAAUAUGUAGUAUUACUUAUAGCAUAUUAUAGCCUACUUUGAUUUACGAGAAUUAUUACACUGGUUGGCAGUUGUAGCAAUACAAGUACAUGUGUUGACUUACUGACUUACUAGUUGACAGUUAUAGCAAUACAAGGAAGUCUUUUGACUCACUGGCUUGCGUUUGUUGUAUACUGUCCACAGGCGCGAUCAGACCAGAGUUCGGCUGUUCUGUUCUACAUAUAUGCAAGAAGCAAAGUAAAAAGCAGAGAUAAUGUAUUUCUUGGCGGAGCCGAAAGUGUCCCAAGCGGUCAUUGUCAAUAACUAAACAGCAACCCAGAUACGCCUGCUUAAGCAAUUGACACAGGCCUCUUUUUCAGGCAUUUGAUGUAUUAUAGUAAAUUGUUAGUAAGUGUUUGUAUGUUUUUAUUAAUAAAACAUUCAGCUUGUCUUAUAACAUAUAUUUUGCAUUAAGUCAGAUUUUGCAUAUGAAUGUUUGUAUCAACAUGUAUGGUAGUUCUGCACGUUUGAUUAACCGGAAGUGACGGCAUAACGUCAUUUAUCCGAAAAACCUACAAUACUGCCUUGUGGUUGCUAAACGGGCAGCAUAAACGUUGCCGAGAAUCUGUUUUAUUAUUAAUAUAUUAUGUCCCGUAUAUUAAGGUUCUUUCUUAAGGUUAACUUGACAAUAGAUAGAUUUUGAUGUAAAAUAAUUCGAAAUGAUAACUUUAAAUGACUAAAAAUAACAAAAUCUACAACUAUGAAAAGUUAUAAUAUCGACAUUGUGGAACUUUAUAUAUACGCGAAAAUGUCAUCAAAUGUGCGAUUCUCCCAUAGAAGCCCAUUAUAAAAAUUGACCUGGCGGACUUAUAUUUUCAAAUCAGUCUAACAAUAAUCAAGCGCAAUACCGUCUCAUUGGCUAAGUCCACUAGGAAGCACUGGGGUUGAGUACAGACCGACUCUAUACUCGGUAACCCGCUUGAACGGUAUAAGUUAGUACACCAAUCGUACCUUCCCUGUUGAAGAGCUGAACUCCUCAAACACCACUAAGAGGCAGGGUUUACUGGUUCCUUGCAUUUCAUUACAGCGCACAAUGUGCAGGGGGAAAACAGUUUUACAUAUUUCCAGGGCCCAGUUUUUGAUUGGUCAGUUACUUUAGAGGUGGGAGUAAGUAUCAUUUAUACUACAGCCUAUCCCUUCCCUAGAGCUUCGACGUGAACUUGGCCAAUUUUAGACUGGCUGAAUUUCCUCCGGUUACAAUUAUGCUUUAUAACGAAUACGGUAUAAUAAAAUUCUACAUUUUAAACGUGAAGAACUACCUUAAACAAUUUAAACACUUCAGUAAUGAAGUAAAGAAUUAAGCUAUUUAUGAGGAUUAUUGUAUAUAGAUAUAAAACCUGUAUUUUGUGAACAUAUUGUUUCUUAUUAGUUUUUACCUAAUUAUAGUUCCACGAGGGUUAUACUGUUGUGUUAAAAAAGGUAAAGCAGUUGCCCAAAUAGAGUGUUUGCAUAAUUACAAGGUUUGAAAUACUGCACAUCAACUUACAAGGUCAGAGAAAUAAAGGGAUGUAAUGAAUACCGUGGAUUCAAUUUCACAUUCUUCUUUAUAAAUCAAGUAUUCAUAUAUUUAACAACUAAAUGAAAAAUAUAAUUACAAAACAAGGACUUAACAAAUAAAUAACAUAUUUUAUGCUCAUAGCGAUAACAAAAAUGCAGCAGACACAUAUAAACACUCUCGUUAUGGUCCUUAAAUUCUAGUAUAAUUUUAAUAUCCCCGUACCGCCAAUAUUCGAUCAAUUAACUAAAUUCGUCGUACGUGCAUUUUUAUACUAAGAAAAAUUUCAACGCAAACGAUAAGAUGGUAAAAGGUAACCAUUUUUACAAUAAGUCUAAAAUAUUAAGUUAGUACUCACCAAAACCGGUAGUACACGAUCUAUUUUCGAUCAAGGGAAACUACUACAAUAAUCAGUCCGUUUUCAUUACACCGCACACAUAAGAAAGCGCUGCACACAAAUUUAUACUGUUUGUAACUGGUAAACAUGUGUAACUUUUGAAAACAAUGAAUUUAAAACACAAUCUUAAACACAUUUACAAAUUACUACUCAUUCAGUUUUCAGAGUUGGGACACAGAAAUGGAGCCCCAUACCUGAAUACUCAAGAAGGAAGGUGGCUCCCCAUUACACCUGUCUCAACACCCAGAAAUUCAAAAAUGAUGUAGGGAAAUUUAGUUGUGUCAGGGGAGAAAUGCUUGCAAAUUAUGCAUUUUUCCUCUUCACCAGUCGUUAAGUGAAAUAGCACCAUGCUGAGAUUUCCUGCCCCUUUUCACUGGAUUAUCAGAUGUACUGGCCACACAAGAUUUCACAGUUGCUCCCUUUCUGUUGUUACAUUUUUUCUGCUUGUCCUUGAUUUUGUUUAUAAUUUCAUCUUCUGUGAUAGGUUUUCUACCAAUAACUUUGCUAAGCGUGUUUCUUUUAUUUUAGCAGUUUGAACAUUUUCGUGAAUUUUGCCAACCUUACACAAAAGUUUUCAGCUGAUUUCUGUGGAUGAAGGAUUCUGGGAUUUAAAGGUCAUGGCUGGUGCAACUACUGAAUCACUGACAAUAUUGAAUAGAUGGGUUCCACAUCUCUUGAAAGCUGCAUUAAUAUUUGGCACAGUGAGAGUAGAUGAAUACUCCUUGCAGGCUAGUUGACAGAUAUCUGGUUAUUAAUUGCCCACCAGACUCUCUCAUGUACUUCUGGCAAGCAGAAUUUCAGGCAACCUCGAAUUGUCCAAAACAAAUCUAAUCAAGCGGUUGGAGAAUGUGCGAAAGUGAGGCGACAAAACAAACAGUAUGAUUUUCGGAGACUUGGCCCAUGUUGCCAGCCCAAGAGAGCAGUGUGACUUGUGACCGUCGUACAGAACUAACAAAUAGUGAUUAUCACGUGAAGGAAGGUAUUUCAACAAAUGAUCUUUCAUGUACUGACAGAAACUUUCAGUAUUUGACCAUCCACUUGAUUAGAAAAUGGUCCAUGUUCCUAGAGCAGAGCCAUCUAUCAAUUAUGCGUGCACCUGGGAAAAUGAAAAAUAAGAGUAGUUGUUUGCGACUUGCCUGAAGUUACAGACUGUCUUGUAAAAUUCUCCAGCGACAACCUUUGGUGGCUUGUGGUCGGUAGUCAAUCCUUUUUUCCUUCUCAUUGAAGAUUCUGUUUGGUUUCUUUUCAAGAUUAUAUUUCACUAAAAUUCUUUUAAGUUAUGUGAAAUAAUUGUCAACUGACUGUCUAGUUGCUCGUUUUGCUCUGACAAUCUCCAAUGCUCUUUGCUUUUUCAAUUUAAGUUCUGGCCAGCGUGCUAAGAAAUUAUAAAGCCGCUUAUCAGAUACAGGCCUAUCAUCAUUUGUUAGUAAUCUGUCGCUAAAUUCAUGGUUUCUUGGCGGGUAUAAUCACUUCAGCUAUAUUAUUCAGGUGUUGAGCCAGCUGCUGCUCCUGACUAACGAGUGGACACACACCUUACUUAACAGUGUCCAAACUGAUACGGUACACCAUGUGUUACUGAAGCCUUUCUUAUAAUCAAUGCCUUAUUUUUGACAGCAAGGUAGGCUCUUGUCCGGUCAUCUGUGUCAUAUGACCUAUAAGGUCCUCUAGCAGAUACAGGAGACUAAAAAAUGACAAAUUCAGGAUAAGUGUACUGGAAUCGCAUCCAAUUAUUAUCAAAUUAAAUUCUAAUAAGGAAAGUGAAUGAUAAACAUAGUCGUGGGUGUGGGCGUAACAUUUUUCGGUAGGUACACGUUGCAGGAUUUAGGCCCUGGUAAAAUGCAUUUCAAGCAGACGGAAUGUAAACAGUUUAUAUAGUAAAUAAAGGGUGAAUACAAAUUGCAUUUUUGGGCGUAGUAGAUUCCAGCCAUUUUGAUUUUUUUUUCAAAUAUUUAACGAUGUUUUACCUUUCUUAUCUCCAUUUUGGAGAAGAGAACUGUUUGACAGUUGUAGUUGUCCGUGUAAACAAAUGGUGCGCGUGCAACCGGUGCAUAGGUCAAAUAAGGUAAAAUAUAAAACAUUUCCGGGGCAGAUCGAAUAUAAGUUGUGAUCGAAUUUUGGCAGCACGAGGAUAUAUGAUUGCUUUUCGGGCAAAUAUGAAUUUUAUAUAAUUAAAUAUUUCUUUAACUUUGUAUAUAUUUUUCUGUAUUUUAUGUGAAUUUCUUAAUUUCUUAACUUAUCGUAUAAAAAAUCUCUGUCCAGUUAUCUAUCUGAUUAUAUAGCCGGAUGUAAUUCAUUGUGAGAUUCUGCACUACUGUUAGAAUUAUCAAUCACUGUGAACGAAUGCCUCCCUUCUUUAUAGAUGUUAAUAGAGUACAAAGUUUUGACAAAGCGCGUACUUCAACAACACAGCAGCAACAUACAUUAACACUAUAAUGUUACUUCAAAAUGACCUUUAAUUGUAUUUCAAAUACAUAAUGUUUGGCUUACUUCGAUUAGCUUUUGUCCAAACUCAAACUUUGAAUUAAUGAAAUUCGUGAAGUGUGUCUAGCUUUAGGUGUAAAUUACCGUAUUCUUAGAAGUGCGCUGUUUGUUAGACUGUUUUAUUACCUGAGCCGAAAUACUAAUGAUCAAAUUCUAGAUAGAAUAUUGCAAAAGAUUUGUUGUUUCAAAUAAGUAACUGUUCAAAGAUGUUUUGUUUUGAAAUAUUGAUUCUCUCAGAAUUUAUGAAAACAGUUGUGUAUGUUAAAGAUUUAGGGAAACAAUUCGUUAGUUAGGUUUGGAGUACUGAUGUUAUAAUUGCGUCUUUCGUAAAUGUAAGGGUUAAUGCUGUAUGCAUCCACUAUCAUAAGCAUACUGAGAAUAUUGCAAACUUACUGAUUUAGUUUUCUGUUGUCAUCAUCUUGCUGCAUCAUUCUUUUGUAUUAAAAGCUU